AUGGCUUCCUUCAAUCUCCAUUAUCUUUAUUCUCUCAGUUUGCUUCUGCUUCUUCUUCUUCUUCUUCCUUUCCUUUCAACCGUCUUCUCCCUUAAUUGUAUGAUAAAUUUCAAUGCAAGCCUAUCUUCUGGAGAUGCGAACUCUUAUUGGCUUUCACCAAAUGAAGAAUUUGCCUUUGGAUUUCGUUCGCUCCCCAGCAAUAAAAAUCUCUUCUUGCUUGCUAUUUGGUUCCAUAAAAUACCUGAUACUAUAGUUUGGUCCGCAAAUCCUAACAGUCCUGUACUCCCAGGGUCUACGGUCCAGCUGACUAGCGAGGGAAAGUUUGAACUUCUUAACCCAAACAACAGCAAAGUAUGGGUGCGCCCAACAAACCAAGCCAAACCAAUAUGCGGGGCAAUGAAUGACAAUGGCAACUUUGUGGUCCUAGAUGAAGCUAAUAAUGUCAUAUGGCAGAGCUUCCAAGAACCUACUGAUACAAUCUUGCCUGGCCAGUCACUAGGAACACCCAGUACUCUCACGUCUCGCCUCGCACCGGACGAUUACAGAGACGGGCAUUUCGGUCUUGUGUUGCAGGAAGAUGGCAAUCUGGUGCUCUACUACAAUGCUAAGGUAAACGGAACUAUUGCUCUGCCAUAUUGGGCUACUGAGACGAUAAAAAAUAAUGCAUCAUAUAAUUUUGUCUAUGAUGUGAAUGGGCAUAUUUUUCUUCAAGAUGGGGUCAAAAUUAUCUAUCGCUUCACGGAAAAUGUUGCUGGCCUUAGUCAAGAUUUCUACCACAUGGCCAGGAUGGAUUUCAAUGGAAUCUUUGCGCAAUAUCGUUACCCAAAGAGUUGCAACUGCAACGGAAAUUGGAGUGUGGUGCAUAAAAUUCCUACUGAUAUUUGUAUGGCAAUUUCACCAGAGUCGAGUAGUGGAGUCUGUGGGUUCAACAGCUACUCUUUUAUCAUAAAUGGGGAGCCGGAUUGUCUAUGCCUCGACAAUUACUCUUACCUGAACCGAUCGGACCACUAUAGAGGCUGCAGACUGCAGACCAAAUUUUCAACUGCCUAG